UGUUGGCUUAGAGAUGGUUCCUUUGUAGUGCCCAACAUGGCCGUGAAGUUGUGGAUGGUUGUGGUUGGGACAGCGAUAGUGGCCCAUGCAGGAAGUAUGAUCACAGCAGAGAAGCAUGCGGCCAUGGAAGAGUCGGAAGCCAUGCAUGAAGACGCAACUGGAGUCACCCUUCAGGUUGUUGUAGAAGUCAUUUGUGGAUCUCUCCUUGCACUAUGGGGCGGCAUUGGGGAUUUCAAGCCAAUUCGCAUGGGCGACUCCAAGAAGCCAAGAUGGGAGUCUUUGCACGCACGACCCGAUUUUCACAGCUAUCGGAGCAGAGCAAAGUUCAUGAGGUCACUGCUGACGAACAUCGAGCCCCCGCCAGGCUAUUGAAACUUCUCCUUGCUACGUGGGAAGAAAAGGGGGAGCGCUUUCCAAGGGUUACUGAAACUGCAUCAGAUUUUGAAGAAACACGACUACAAACGAUCUACAAGGGCAAGUGUGUCUUGAAACACUUAUAUACGUGGA